AUGGGGGGGUGUGGUGUCGGGUGGUGGGGGGGCGGGGGGGCUGGGGGGUCGCGGGGGGGGGGGGGGGGUUGUGGGGUGGGGGGGUGGGGGUGGGUGUGGGUGGGGGGCGGGUGGGGGGGUUGGGGGGUGGGGGGGGUGCGCGUGGGGGUGAGGUGGGUGGGGUGGUGUGGGGGGGUAGGGGGGGGGGCGGGGGUGGGUGGGGGGUGUGUGAAAGGGUUGGGGAGCCGGGGAGGGGGGGUGGGGGAUGGGGGGGGUGGGUGGGGUUGGGGUGGGUGUGGGUGGGGGGGGAGGUAG